GGUCUUUGUUCCUCCCAGCUGUCUUUGGUAGUAGCCGUGUUGAAGAGGCUGCUGCGGAGAGUUGUGUGUGUGUUUGUGUAGUGCCGGAGGAGACCGGCAAAAGUUUCAACUCACUGUUACUAACUCCAGCUUUCAUAGCGAAGAGUUUUAAAAAAAAAAAUCUCCGUUAAAUAUUUGUUCGGGGAACUGCUAGGUUGCGUUAGCCAAGCUAGCGAGGAGCCGUGAGUGAGCUAACGGGAUGAAUCGCUUCUCGUGAUGUCUCCUCCAGGUAUGAACAGAAAACGGAGUCUGAUUUCAGACGCAUUCACGGUGAAACGGAGGAGAAAUGGGGCCGAGCAGUUCGGAGUCGUCAGUGAUGAAUGUGGACCAGCGGACAUCAGAUCCAGCCUGGUGUACCUCAUGACACUGUUCCCCAGGAAGAUCUUCAACGACACCUUGCCACAGAUCGUGAUGAAGCACCAGCUCUACAGCAUGCACAGCUGCAAGACGUGGGUGGACAAGGAGGUGAACAAGCUGCGCGAGCAAGGGGAGCUGCUGAUGUUCCAGUUUGGGUUUGACGCCGACACCUUCGGGCUGGUUUUCACGUCGGACUACAAGGCCAAGGUGCUGGCGGGCGAGGAGGGCAAAGUGUCCGGGGCGACGGUGGAGAGGUUCCUGGAGAAAGUGGUGUCCUCCUGCAUGGACCUGAGCUUCAGCAAAGACCAGAUGCUGAGGGAGUUCCUCUUCACCGACUCUGAGAUAACGCAGCUGGUGAAGUCGGGGGUCCUGACGGUGAGAGAUGCAGGCAGCUGGUGGCUUUCCAUUCCCAACUCUGGCAAAUUCACCAAGUACUUUAUCCAAGGCCGUAAGGCGGUGCUGAGCAUGGUGAAGAAGUCAAAGUACAACGAAAUCUUAAAGACAGAGAUAGAGGAGCGUCGAACAACGUCACAAGUCAAAUUCCACAUGAAAUACCACAUCCACGACAUCAUUGGUGCAGAGCUGGUAGAGAGCAUACCUACGACUUCGGGGACAUUGUUACGAUUUGUGGACUCCUGAGCUGUUACCAGGCCGACGUCGGUCAGCGAGCGCCUGGAGAAAUACGUUGGAUGUAAAAAAUAAAAAAAAAAAUGUAUUUGAAGAGAGAUUUAAUAUAAGAUUUAAGAGAUUCUAUGCCAAAUGUGUUACAAACCAUGUAUUACUACAACUUUGUAAUAAAUACAACUCGUUACACUAUUGGUGUCAUUUGCAUCAUCUGUUCGACUCUAAGCAGUAGGUCUGAUUUCAGGGUUCAGCCACAAACAGGCACAAACAGAUUCUGUUUUACAGGAAUUUAUUGGCUUUUUCAAAAAAGUGACAAUAGCUUUUUACCCAUAAAACUAAGGAGUCACAACAUUGGCUUGAAGUAAAGCACAGCUUGAUGUCUGAAUACAAUACAGAUGAGCAACAUGUACUUAACUGUUCAAAUACAUUUUGUAAAAAUAUAGCUGUAGCAAUUCUAAUUUUAGUUUUCAGUAUAUGAUGCACAUACAUGCUAUCAGCAUUAAUUACAAAAAGCUAGGCUUGUAGGGAGAUUAAGGUAGCAUUAACUGUAGAGGUAAUAAAACAAAAGGGAUAUUCAUAGUGUUAGUUUAACAAUACAGUGAGUGUGUUACUUCUGAGAAGAAUGAUACAAAAGAGUCAAAUAACAUGAUUAGAACAAAAAGAGGAGUACACUGUAUCACACCAGGACUGACGGCAGCUUUGUUACUGUUAUUAGCAAGCACGACGCUCUCCUUAGUGAGGCUGCUCAGCCAGUAGUGAUGCGAAUAAUAAUCAAAUGUGCUGCACAAAAGAUUUCUCAGAAAUGCCCACAGAGCAUCGAAGGUUUCUCUUGUUCCCCGUCACCAAAACACCUGGACAUUUUUAAUCCAAUAUGUAGUCAAGUUUUCAGAUUUGAACUUCUGGGUAGCUAUAGGGUUCAGACACUCGUAGGGAAAUAUUGAAGAUAUAGAGAAGAAAGAAAAAAAAAUAAAAAUACCAUAAACUUGACAGGUCCGAUUGGAGCCAAAUGCAUAAAAUACUGGAUCUCUUAAGAUUUUUAAGGGUUAAUAGCACUGUUGGUGUUAGCAAACCUUUUCCCAGUCUGAUUUUUUUUUUUUUUUUUUUU